CGUGCAGGCCAAGGGGCCAAAGGGCCAGCGGAUUCAGCUGACCGAGGACCUGAACGACCCGCACCACAUCAGCCAGGCAGUCGAUCCCGUCUUCUCGUCCAGCAUCAAGAUGGACGGCAUCAAGCACAGCGGUAAGGCGCGGCGCGGCGACGGCAACGACCUGACGCCCAGUCCCAGGAAGCUGCUCAACAUCCAGCGCGACCUGGACAAGCUGAACCGCCUGAUCAACGACAUGACGCCCGUCUCCGAGCUGCCCUUCAACGUGCGGCCCAAGUCGCGCAAGGAGAAGAACAAGCUGGCCUCCAGAGCGUGCCGUCUGAAGAAGAAGGCGCAGCACGAGGCGAACAAGAUCCAGCUGUCUGGACUGGGCGAGGAGCACAGGCGCCUGACGACGGCGCUGCGCGAGCUCUCGCUGGCGCUGAAGGCGCGCCUGGUGGCGCCGGCCGACGGCGGGCCCUGCCCCACCCGGGAGGAGAUCAGCCAGCUGGCGGAGCGUGUCAUCAAGCAGACGCACAAGCACCGCGUCGCGGGACAUCUGCCCGAGUAUGUGCAGCGCACGCUGGAACGCUACAGGACGGGCUCGAGCGGCUCCGACCCGGCCCUCACCCACACGGAGACCGGCGAGCUGGGCUAGAGCGCCCCGCCGCCGGGCGGGGCAGCACCUGGCCGGCGCCGAGAGCACCGAGGAGCGUGCGUGGGCCCGGCGGACGAGUCCUGGCGUCUGCGCGACUGCAGUUGAACCUCGUCUUGCUCUGGUCUACUGCGGACGGUCGGUUAGUUGUCGCGGUGACUGGGCGGUGAUUAGUGACCUGUUGCGUUUACUCAACGCUGAUUGGCCCACUGUCUCGGCGGCUCGACGCUCAUUGGAAUGCGGUUGCGGCGGCUCGGCACUAAUUGGUCAGCGGUCGUAGGGGGUCCUCGCUGAUUGGAGGAUGCCUGCGGGUUGUGGGCGUGACUCAGGGAUCGUUGACCAAUGUGUACGAGACGAUGACGACACCGGGCCGCGAUUGGAGGCAGAGGCGGAGGUCACCAUCAGAGGCGCUGCAGUCGCGCUGCGGAGAUCGAAGGGCUCGCGGGGCGGAGCGAAUGUCACGGGUACUGAGUGCCGGGCGCACGCAUUGUGGUUGUGCUGGUCUGUAGUUAGAGCUGCUCAAACUGAACCGUAGACGCGCGUGCGGAGGUGACGUGCUGGUGCGUAGUUGGUAUAUAUUUUUGUGCGAGCCCUUUGUGAGGGCUGCGGUGGAAUCAAACGGCGGCGGCAGGCGUCCGCCGUGGAGUGUGUGCUGUAACCUAGUCACUCGAGGCCUCGUGUCCCGCUCUGUGUUGCAUAGGCGGCGAACUAUCGGGCUUGUCUAGGCCGCUCCCAUUCGCCACGUUGUUUGUUAUAGCCACUGGGGCUGUUAGUUUUUAAGGUAGAAUAAGCAUGUUACUUUACAGUACUUCUUUCUUAAAGGUCAUCCAAUAUCGGGUGGUAGUUAGCUUGCACACGCCUGCAUUUUCCGGCACGUUUCUGAGCCAUAUUUCAGUGGAUACUGUUGUUAUUGAAGCCAACGCACGGACAUCCUGACCUUGUGACGGGUCGUCGCCGCCCCGCGUACUCUGUGCAAUCGUAUCCCAUCGUUUCGCGCGUGUGGCUGCUGUCGGCCUAGCCGUCGAGGCGACGCGGAGGUGUUGGCCACAGGACUUGUGGGUGUGUCGCGUCUCGGCGACCGGUGCGGUUGUUUAGCAUAAGGCCACUGUGCUGCUUAGAUCGCGUCGUCGCAUGCACUGCCGAUAUCACAGGCUGUCCGGGUGGUGAGCGGGGCGCCGUCUCGAAGGCGGUCGCUCGCGAAACGGAAUCGUCGCGGCACCGGCGAGC